AUGCUUGUGAACCACAAGUCAGAAGGUACUUGAAGUGGUUUUAAAUUGCACAUUCAGCUACCUUUUAGGAUUAGCCCUACAACUUGAAGUCUUCAUUGUUUCGUGACUGCCAUGGAGACUACAUGUAUCACAGAACUACACUUUUCUUGCUUCUCCUACAAACAUCAUUUUCGGCGUUUUUCUAUGCGUUUGUAUACAACCCCCUCCUCCACGCACCACCAAAACAGCUUUCCUCUCCAUCAACCCGUUCGAGUCUGUGCCAAAAGAGGAGACCUGCAGGCCGAUGACAACGUCACACAAUAGUGCAGCGUGCAGCAGAAACACCUUCGUUAUCGAAAGAGCAAGAACAAAUGACGGCUUUGGAGACAGCAAUUCAGUGCACUAUGGACAGGACUUUCUCUUGAGGCUAGACCCGUUCUCAGGAUUGGGGGAGACACAGUACUAGUGUUUUUUUCAACUAGAUGUCUAGCUGAGUCCCUCUGAACUUGGAAAUUAAUCCAUCACCUCACAUCCCCACAGCUACAUGCAUUCACAAUAUUUUACACCACAUCUUCCAUACUCCUCUCUUGUUUACAGCUACAUGCACUCAGAGCAUGUGACACCACUUGCGGCAUCGAAAUUUUCAAGGAAUCAGGAGGUGGUUUGCUUUCCGUCUAGAAAUGGAAAGUGCCUAUUUCAAUUCCAGUGGCCAGAUGUCAAGGUACUGCAACUUCUGGUUUCGUAUGUCUCGCCAAAGAUGUUAACUGGGGUAACACUGGUCACGUAAAUCUUAAAUUUGUUUUUACAUUUUGUGCAUAGACUUCGUUGUAGGGAAAAGGAAUUUGGUAAGGAUUAUACAACCUCAACAUUUAGAAAACCUACUCUAUACAGCAACGAUUCGAGGCUGAAGGCGAGAUGGUGAAAGUGGACAUGCCGUUCUGCCUUAGACACGUGCAUACAGGUAUUGCUGAUUCUUUUGCGACAUAAGAAAGAUAGAUUCGUUCUUUGCUUGUGAGAAUUUAUCAAUCCUGGUAGACCCUUUUUCACUCACAUUUUACUAUGCUGAGACAUUCAUGUUUCUUUCUCUCCUCCUGACAUCAAGAUCCUUCCUCACAGGAACAGCACCUUUCCUCCUUUCCUCAGGUUCCUUCCUCGCUUCCGAUAAGAUCGUUUACCAGAACAUUUUUGGCGGUGAGUAUGAAGUGCACUGCAAAAACUAUGUGUCGACGAACAAGACGCAGAACCUGACCUCUGAACGCAAGGGUAUGAUUACCGGCGACUAUCCUCUGCGACGACAAGGUAUCGAGAAUGUGUGGACUUUAGUGUGCGGGAGACCGGAAAACUAGAAGGAGUUGUAAGGAGAUGGUAAUCCUUGUAAAAAUGUAGUCAGUCCUCAGUUGUUCUUGUAAUUAGACUUCAGUACAUUUUUGUUCUGCUUCUGUCGCGUUGAGGUCGCUACGAUGGCAUUGAAUCGGAAAUGCACAUGUACAAGGCUUGCGACAAUAAUUGCGAGUACUUUCUUAAUUAGUAACCUCAGAACUGCACGACCAUCAGCCUCAGAGAUGGCAAAAAGUUUGAAUAUUCUGCAAUAAGAAAACCUUGAACAAACUUGAUACUCACUCUGAUUGAUACGCCGAACGAUACAACCAAGAACUACUUCGCUGGAAAUUAGCAAAUUUAUCCGUCAGGAAAUUCAGAACAAUACGCCUAGAAAACAAGACCGAAAUUUAUUGAGUUAAGUGUCGAAAUGUUUGGACGAACAAGGAAAUCGGACGCGCCGUUGUAGCUGUACCCACUGUGUUGUCGUGAAGUUCUUGCUCGCGAUGUAUUCACUUGGCGAAGGUAAUACCUCCGCACGUUGUCGCUGAAGUGCUGAUCGAUGCGGGGUGUUCGUUAGUCUGUAAGCUCGGAAGGAAGUGUUCAGCUCUGAAG